GAGCGCGGCCAUAGCGCGGCGAUAGCAGCCGACGUAAUCUGCGAUAUCAUGAAACGUGUGUAGCAUAGACAGGAAUAAACACUCAGCUAAUUCCUCCCGUAGUUUAGUGCGUAAACAAACGCUUUGCUUCGUAGCUAAAGCCUAACCAGCAGCGGGUGUCCAAAGAGCGACCUUCCGGCGAAGCUUUCGCUGCAGGAAUCGUGCAAAAUGAACACCACCGGCUCCACGCGAUCGCUGGUGCUGCACUCGUACAAGACGCUGCGCCGGACCAUCGACCAAGUAUUUCAGGGUGACACGGACACGAUACGGGCCGCCAAGAUCCAAGUCAGGCAGGAAUUCGCUAAGAACGCUUUCGAGCCGGACUCCGCCAAGAUCCAAGAGCUGCUGAAGGUCGCCGAAGAGGUGGACUUCGUGCUGCGCCGUGACGUUGUGCAAGCCGUCCGCAAUGAAGAGGGUCGCUACGAACUGCAGCUGAAGCCUCAUCACUUACAGGACAACGCCAGCGUAGCACACCCGACGGAGAAGCCCAAGUGAGGCUCGCAGUACCGAUCAAGUUGGUAGUGCGAUUUAAUUGUAAAUACAGAGUAAAAUUAAGGAAGCUAUCAUAAGGUCUCAAAAGACAGGUCAACUUCUUGCCCUAUAAAAA